AUGGUAGAGAAAAAUUACUCACCAGAGAGAAAAAGUACUCGUGGUGGUCAACAUUAUGAUCUUAAUAUCAAAGAGAAACCAGCUUUCAUUACAUUGAAUCAACCACAGUUGCAGUUUGAGAUUCAAGAACAGCAACGUACUAUCAAUGUAGAACGUCAAGCACCAUCGAUUAACAUUGGUCGUGCCUCUGAUAUUAUUUCGGUUACUGAAGAGCCAGUCAAUGUCCAAGUGACUCCAUGUGCCCCAGACGUAUUUGUUGACUCUGGAGAGGUGCGUGUCGAAGUCGAGCAAAAGGCACCAGAGAUCGAAGUCGAACACUACGCUCCACAAAUUACUCUGAAGAUGCCAGCUAUCAAGGUAUUCCUCGAGUUGGACGGUCCACCCGAAAUCUUCAUGGACUGCUACCAACCAAACAUCCGAGUGCUCCAAUCGGAUCCAAUCAUCCGUUUCGUCAAGCCAGAACCAAAGGUUCACCUCACCCAACCACCACCCAAGCUCGAUGUAUCUCAAGCACCAGCUCAAGUCGAGGUUAUUCCAUCGUCAAAGGCAUCGAUCCAAGUUAAGGAACCACAGCCAUCGAUCACCUGGAACAACCCAGAGCCAACCAUGAAAUUCCUUUGUGAAGACAAACCGGGUCUACAAUUCUCACAGGCCGAACCAGAACUCAGUUUCACCACCGCUCAACCAGAGGUUACCGUGUCUCAAGGUGAAGCAGUCGUUAAGAUUACCAAUGAAGUGCCAUAUGUCUCCAUUACACCAACCGAGCCAACUGUCAGCAUCAACCAUCGUGCUCCAAAGAUUGAUGUCCAACGUCAUCCAGUGUCUGUAGCUGUCAUCGAGCCAUCGACAACCGUUCAAUUCGGAAGAGCCGGAAGCAUCCAAGAAAAGAGCACCCAACAAGUAGUCUACUCGAAACCAACUCUCUCUCAAUCCAACCUGCUCCAAACCAACUCCUUCUCGUCAUGGAGCAACAACCUGCUCGGAGUUGACUCUUUCCUCGCUCAACAAGGUGGUGCACGUAACUCCUACUUUAUCCUCAAUGGAAACAACGAACAACGUCUCAUUGAAUGUUUCAAAGAGGAAAAAGGAUCCCACCAAUUCGAUUUGAACAUGAGAAAUACUAAUGGUGAUUUAAUUCCAAUAGAGCGCAAUUCGGUUAUGUCGAAUGCAACAAAGAACAUGUUGAUGCAUUCAACUCCAAUGGAAGAAAGUGCUUCUCUCUCUUCCCAAGCACUCAGAGAUGGAAGUUUGAUAUCAAGGAUUCGUUCGGUACCAAGAUCGGUUCUCUCCACAGACCAAGCAGAGCUACCGGCUAUGACUUGA